UUUUAAAGUUUAUUCCAAGAGAGGAAAAUAAGCACGAUAUAUAACGGGACGAAUGGAGUAUUAAAUUAGGUGUUUUUUUUUUUUUUCAGGUCGGCUCAAUUAUAUAACGGGCUAUCUUGAUUUAUCCGUAUUGGUCAUGUUUUGCCAGGUGUUAAAACAAAUGCCAAUUUCGUAAUUACACAAUCAAAUGAAUGGCAUAAUCGGAUAUUAUGCUGACAUCAAAUACUGAAAACUCCCGAAGGUCGAAACGACAUAAAAACAUUUUUCUUUCUUUUUAUUUUUUUCUUUAAACCCAGACAACUAUCCAUAUUUUUCUUUUUCGUUUUUAUACUAUUUUUCUAGCUUCACCCCAAAAGAAACCCUUAUAUAUUUCAAGAGCAUUUCAACGACGAAGAAGAGAGAGAAAAAAACACUCAAAAAAAAAAAAAAAAACUGCAGAGAAGAAGCUUAAUUAUCAUUAUUUUUUCUUUAUCUUAGAGAUCUGAAAUUCGUCGGAAAAAUCGAGAAAAAAUGAGAAUAAGAAAACACGCGAAGUUAUUAACAACAUCAUCUUCAUCUUCUUCGUUUCUGAUUUGCCAACUCAAUCGUUCACCUUGGGAUGUCGACUCUUUCUCUCUCCUGGAUGAUGGAUGGGAAGAUGAGUUUAGUGUGAAUGAGAGUUUAGCUGAACCUAUUCCAUCUCAAGACAGCCUCCUAAGUAGGGAGUCAAUGGAAUUAUCAUACGAGUACGUGGAAAAAUCACAACUGCCGCUACCGCCACCACCGCCGCCACCACCAGAGAAUACUGGUGUUAAUAAUGAACAUAUAGAUCAUUAUUUAAAACCUCCGCCACUUAUCGUAGUGCCGCCAUUGCCCCCUGUGGCUCCUCCGCCAAAGAAGCGAGGACGGCCUCGAAAACACACCAAUACAACCACACCAUCUGCAAUGACAACAACAACGGUAGAUAGUAGAAACCCGUAUGAGUUUUACUAUUAUUCCGGGUUCGGGCCGAGGUGGGGUAAGAAGAGGGGAGGGAAGAAGUACGUUGAUGAUGGUAAUGAUAAAAACAAUUGCUAUAAUACUACAAGUAGUAAUGAUGUCGGUGAAUCGUUAACUUCUUGUUCUACUAUGAGUGAAGAAGAUAUUGUUAACGAUAACAAUAAUAAUAAUAGUACUAUUACUAGUAAAGUAGAUAGCUUGGUGAAUGAAGAACUAGACUAUAUCGAAGAUGAUUUCGACGACGAUGAUGAUGAAGAAAAAGAUCAAUUUUAUGGGAGAAAAAGAGUUCGUAAGCCUGUUAAAGCUAGGUCACUUAAAUCCUUAAUGUGAGUAUUAAUCAAUGGUGAAAAACUUUGAUUGAUUGUUAAAAACUCUAGGUUUUUCUUUCUUCUAUUGUUGUUUGUACUAGUUGAAUUUGUAUGGAGAAAUAUCUAGUUUUUUCUGUAUGUGUUUAUGUAGGAUUUUUUUUGGGUGUAGUGUUUUUUUACUUCACUUUCAUUUGCAGUUGCUGACCAACAAGUAAGAACUGUGUAACUUGUUUUCUUAAUCAUUUUGUUUUUUUGUGGACUUUGCAUAUUAUCAUCUGACCAACUGUAGCUUUGAAGUUCAAUGUUGAAACUUUGGGUAUUUUUGUAAUUGAUUAUAAGAAUGUAUCAUUUAUAAUUA